AGCAGCAGCAUAUCAUUGCUGUGUCUUUUUGACCCAUUUUCUUACAUAAUUCGCUGUGUGAAUAAGAUGCAAAUGAAAAUCAUAGCAUAAGAUACAACUAAUCUCCACAUAAGCAGGGGGAUUAGUUGUUUUCUAUUCAUAGCAUGUCCAUAUCUAUCUUUUGUUUUAACUGUUAUUAGUUAUUCAAUUUCUCUCUUUUUCCUCCUAGUCUUUAUCACAUGGUCUCAGUUUCCUCUAUAAAGACUUUCCAAAAAAAAUUCAAAUCUGUGAGUGUCCUCUUCUUCCAAACAUCUUUAUCUUAUUUUGAAUUUUUUUUUUUAAAUACAUUUUUGAUUGAAUCAGCUGACCUGUUUGGUUGACUCUCUCUGUACAAAGACAAUACCAAUCAAUUUAUGUGCCCAUUUUUCUCUGCAAGGAGAAUAACAGUGAGAACAGAAAAAUUUGAGAGGAGCAGGGUUGUGCAGAAAUAAUGGCAGGAGGAUUUGUUCAUCAUGGAGGUACAAAUGGUGAAGGUUUCGAAUAUAGGAUUACAAGUUACUUUGUCUUUGCUUGUAUUGUUGCUGCUCUUGGAGGGUCUCUAUUUGGAUAUGAUCUUGGUGUUUCCGGUGGAGUGACAUCAAUGGAUGAUUUCUUGAAGGAUUUCUUUCCUAAAGUGUACAGGAGAAAGCAAGAACAUUUAAAUGAGACAGAUUACUGUAAAUAUGAUAACCAAAUACUAACCUUGUUUACGUCGUCGCUUUACUUCGCUGGCCUCAUCUCAACCUUUGCUGCUUCACAUGUAACAAGAACAAGGGGGAGGAGAGGAAGUAUCAUGGUUGGUUCAGUCAGCUUCUUCGUCGGAGCAAUUUUCAAUGCCUUUGCUGUUAAUAUCUCUAUGCUCAUCAUAGGUCGUAUUUUUCUUGGUAUUGGCAUUGGGUUUGGAAAUCAGGCAGUUCCUUUAUAUCUUUCUGAAAUGGCACCUGCAAAAAUCCGUGGAGCAGUUAACCAACUGUUUCAGCUGACAACCUGUCUGGGGAUUUUGAUAGCGAACUUUGUAAACUAUGGGACCAACAAGAUACAUCCAUGGGGAUGGAGAUUGUCUCUAGGAUUAGCUGCAGUCCCUGCAACACUUAUGUUUAUUGGAGGUAUCUUCCUUCCAGAAACACCAAAUAGUCUUGUCGAACAGGGAAAAUUAGACGAAGGCCGAAGAGUUCUUGAGAAAAUCAGAGGUGUUAAGAAUGUCGAUGCAGAAUUUGCUGAUCUUCUUGAAGCAAGUGAAGCCGCAAGGGCGAUAACACAACCGUUUAGAAACCUUCUGCAGCCAAAGAACCGUCCACAGUUGAUUAUAGGAGGACUCGGAAUUCCUGCUUUUCAACAACUAACUGGAAUGAACUCGAUACUUUUCUAUGCACCUGUCAUAUUUCAAAGUUUAGGGUUCGGAUCUGGUGCCGCUCUGUACUCAUCCAUCAUAACAAGCACGAUGCUUGUUGUUGCUACCUUUGUCUCAAUGGCUGUUGUUGACAGGUUUGGAAGAAGGUUUCUGUUCUUGGAAGCAGGUUGCCAAAUGAUACUUUCCAUGCUUGUGUUGGCUAUUAUCCUUGCACUGAAGUUUGGACGUGGAGUUGAGCUCUCCAAAGGAUAUGCAGUCGUCCUUGUAAUAAUGAUUUGUCUGUUCGUUGCCGCGUAUGGAUGGUCAUGGGGCCCUCUUGGGUGGCUAGUCCCAAGUGAGCUUUUUCCACUGGAAACAAGAUCAGCUGGUCAAAGUCUGGUGGUUUCCGUCAAUCUCUUCUUCACCGCUGCAAUUGCCCAAUGUUUUCUCGUGUCUCUUUGCCACCUGAGAUAUGGUAUUUUCCUGCUGUUUGCGGCUUUGAUUCUCAUCAUGAGCCUCUUCAUUUACUUCUUAUUACCUGAAACAAAGCAAGUUCCGAUAGAGGAGAUACAUUUACUAUUCCAGAAUCACUGGCUGUGGAAGAAAUACGUAGGCAAUGGUAGAACCCCAGUUUAAACCUCCACCACCAAGGCCACAAGGGAAAGCAAAAAAAACUGCAAGUUGUAUUUAGCUCCAAAUAUGAAAUCAAAGAUUUACCAGAAAUGGUGCCAAAUAUCACCUUGAAGCAACAGUCGUCAGAUUGAUUAUCUUCUCUCCUGCAAUUAAAACUACAGCAAUGCAUAUUGUCUUACCAUUGUAUUUGUGAGUGUCUGGGGAGGAGUUAUAUAAUGUAUCAUUGAUUCAAAAGCUUUUUAAGUACACUGAUACCUGACGAAUGUUCACAAAAAUAUGAAAUCUUGUUAUCCCCAAUGAA